AUGUUGGUAGGUUCGGGUGUAUCAUCCGGGGAGAUUACCCGAAUGAUGCGUAUUUUCCGGCAUGGUGGAGUCAAGUGUCAGGAUGAAGGUGAUGAUCAGGCUGCCAACGAGAACAUUUGUUCAGUUCUUAAGCAGGGCAUAAAGUCCUGUACUCUGUUUCGCCUACAGCAGUCGGCUGCUAGUGCUACCAUUGCUGCUCUGACGGGAUCAGGUAUCCCUCUUUCUACGGCGUGGGACAUUGUGCACAACAAUCCUAUAUUGCUAACUCUUAAUGUGGGCGAAAUAGAGUCACUAUGUCGUGAGUUAGUGGCAUCCGGUGUUGACAUUGGCGAUUUUGCAUCAAUAUUAUCACAGCACUUGCCACAGAACAAUGCAACACGCUGCUAA